AUGAGUUUCUCGGUGGACCAGCACUUCUACGGCCAUGGCUCGUACCGCAAGGCUCGGCCAGCCCCGGUGUCCUCCAGCGGCUUCCAGUCCCAGCGCCGCCGCGUCACCUACAGCCAGCCGUCCUCCGCCGACAGCCUGGACCACUUCAGCGGGGACACGACCCGGAGGAGCGAGAAGGAGGUGCUGCAGGCCCUGAACGACCGCUUCGCCGGCUACAUCGACAAGGUGCGCAACCUGGAGAUGCACAACCGCAACCUGGAGGCGGAGGCGGAGGCUCUGCGCCAGAGCCAGGCGGGACGCUCCUCCGUCGGGGAGCACUACGAGCGGGAGCUGGGCGACCUGCGGGGUCUCCUGCAGCAGCUGACCGGGGAGAAGACCCGCGCCGCCCUGGAGCACGACCACCUGGAGGAGGACAUCCAGCAGGUGCGCGUCCGGCUGGAGGACGAGGCGCGCAGCCGGGAGGAGCUGGAGGCUGCGGCGAGAGCCAUGAGCAAGUACGGAGAGGAGUGCCGCAUGGCCCGGCAGGAGCUGGACAAGAAGCUCCGCGCCCUGGAGGAGGAGGCCGUGUUUCUGAAGAAGAACCACGAGGAGGAGGUGUCCGAGCUGCUCGCUCAGAUCCAAGGGGCCGAGGUGAGCUUCGACAUGCGGGACUCGCUCAAGGCUGACGUCACCGGCGCGCUGAGGGAGAUCCGCGCACAGCUGGACAGCCACGCAUCCAAGAGCUCCUCGCACGCAGAGGAAUGGUUCCAAGUUCGUAUGGAGCGUCUGUCUGAAACCGCAAGGACCAACCAUGAUGCCAUUCGCGGGUCCCAGGAAGAGAUCGGAGAGUACCGUCGUCAGCUCCAGAGCCGCACCAUCGAGCUGGAGACCCUCCGGGGAACCAAGGACUCACUGGAGAGGCAGCGCAUGGAGAGCGAAGACAGACACCACGAUGACCUCAACUCACUACAGGAGACCAUCAAUCAGCUGGAUAAUGAGCUGAAAAACACCAAAUGGGAGAUGGCCAGCCAGCUGAAAGAGUACCAAGACCUGCUGAAUGUGAAGAUGGCUCUGGAUAUUGAGAUCGCUGCUUACAGGAAACUACUGGAGGGCGAGGAGAAGCGCUUUGUGUCAGGAGGAGCUCCCUACUCCUACCUGGAAGGUAGAUUCUCUGCCCACCUGAAGGUGAAAGCAGAUGAAAUCUCAGACACAGUCAUCGUGGAGGAGCAGACAGAUGAGACCCAGGUGACAGAGGUCACAGAAGAGGCAGAUGAGGAAGAAAAGAAAGUAGAGGAGGACGAGGCUGGAGAGGAAGAAGAGGAAACCAAAGAGGAGGAAGAAGAGGGUGAAGAAGGAGAUGAUAAACAGGAGGAUGGUGAGGGAGAGGAAGAGGACGAGAAAGAGGAGGAAAAGAAGGAUGAUGAGAAGGAAGACAAAGAGGAGGCAGAUGAGGAAGAGGAGAAAUCCAAAUCCCCUCCCUCAAAAUCCCCUCAACCCAAAACCCCUACUGUCCAUUCACCAGAAUCUAAAUCUCCACAAAAAUCACCAGAAUCUAAAUCACCAGCAGCAAAAUCACCCGCAAUGUCGCCUGGAGUUAAAUCCCCGGCAGGAGAUGAGUCAAAGUCACCCGCACCUAAGUCACCUGUGUCAAAAUCCCCCCCCAGCAAAUCCCCUGAGUCCAAAUCUCCUCUUCCCAAGACCCCUGAACCAAAGUCUCCAGAGAAAGAGAAGGCCAAGCCCAUCGCUCCCAAAGACACCCCUAAGGAUGAGAAGAAAGAUGAUAAGUCUCAGUCUGUCAAGGAGGAUAAGAAGGAGACAGAACAACCUGUGAAGGAAGAGAAGAAGCAGGAGCCCAAAGAGAAAGAGCCUGAGAGCAAAGCAGAGAAACCUGACGAAAAGAAAGAAAGCAAAGAUGAUGAUUCACCAAAGAAGGUUGAUGCUUCAAAACCUGCUGCUCCCAGCAAGCCCGCAGAAAACAAACCGAAGUCCGAGGCUAAAGAGAGCACCCCCCCUGCUAAAGAGGAAAAACCCUCUGCUCCAAAAUCCGAGAAGACCGAGCCCGAGGUAAAGCCUGCCCCUAAAGCAGAGCCUGAGAAAACAGAGAGCAAGAAGGAAGAGAAGAAACCAGAAGAGAAGAAGCCAGAAGAGAAGAAGCCAGAGGAGAAGAAGCCAGAAGAGAAGCCUGCUUCUAAACCUGAGCCUGAAAAAUCCGACAGCAAGAAAGAGGAGAAGAAGCCUGAGGAGAAAAGCAAGACGAGUAAAGAAGAGAGCAAGGACGUGAAGGAAGCAGGGAAGGCAGAGAAAUCCUCUGGCACUGAGUCAAAGGAAAGCAAGGAGGAGAAGGCCAAGAAGUAA